UUGCAGCACGAGAGGCUUGCUGAUCAAGAACUUGCCAACGCCAAGAUAGCUCUUGAUGAACUCACCUACACAAAGCAGGAGCUGAUCUACAACGUGAUAGGACACGAAGGAGAGCAGGAGACAGGUUAUGAGAAUGAGGUCGAUGACCCAUGUGCGAACUUUGAGUGCAACAUCGGCAGGCAGUGUGCCGUAGACAACUUCCGAGAACCAUUUUGUGUGUGUCCUGAGAGCUGUCCUCAAGAUGAGAAAUCCAAGGAAGCAAUCCACAGGACAAAGGUGUGCUCCACCAACAAUGUCACCUACACCAACCUGUGUGAGUUCCACCGCAGGAAGUGCGAGGACACCAACUCCGAACUCGUGGAUAUCCAUGUUGACUACUACGGAGAAUGUGCAGAAAUGGGAGAGUGUUCCUUUGCAGAUCUGAAGGAAUACCCUAGCCGCAUGGCCAAAUGGUUCAACGAGUCCCUAGAGCUGAUCAGGAACCGACCUGAGGAAAGCGGAGGACUCACCCAGAAAGAGAUAGUUUUCCUUGAGGAGGGGUGGGGCGAACAAACCCGUGCCAUCUUCUGGAAAUUUGGCCGCCUUGACACGAAACCUGCUGACCUUUACCUUACCUUUACUGAGUUGGAAGCUCUUCGUGCUCCAAUUGUCCUCUUCGAACCUUGCACCAAACCAUUCCUUCAGUCUUGUGAUGGAGACCAGGACGGCCUCAUCAGCGCCCUUGAGUUCGGAGCCUGCCUCGAGCUUCAACCAGAGCAAAUACCCUACUAGUGACCGGUAGAAGAAUCAAACAGCUUUGAACAACUUCAGCUCACAUCCUCCAGGGAGUGCCACAAGGAUGUCAAUUAUACCCCUAUCUCUUUUCUGUCAUCCUUAAUAGGAAGUACCAGAUGACACCAUUUUCGGAAAAUAAGAAAUGAAAAAAAAGAAGAAAGAAAAUUGUCUCAGCAGUCUUGAAUUUCCUUGUCGUUUGACUUGAUCGUUUUAUGAAAACUCGGCGGUCCGUUUUAGAGGAUACCAUUAUUCUUCAGGUGGGGGGGGGGGCUCUGUAUAAUAAUGGUGAUGCUGAUAAAAUUUCUAGACAUAAUUACUUUAACACUUUCCCCAAAUACUGUACUGAUAUUUAUACCUUCUGUUCAGAUGACAUCAGCAUUAUUUUUACCGCGUGUGAGCAUUAAAUUCGUCAUACCAAAAUGAAAAAGUGUCAAAAGUACCAGCUUCAAUGAAAAAUAUUUAUAUGAUAUCCUACGUUUCCUGCAUGACAUUGACAUUAGUAUUAUUUUGAACAGUUGAGUAGGACUACACUAACACACGCCAACCCAUUCGGGUGUUUACUUAUGAUAAAUGUAUCCCUAUCUAGCGAAUUUAAGAUGUUGUAGGUAACUUUUUGUGAGCUGAUGCGAGAAAAAAAGGCUGAUAUUUUCAACAACUGGAGAAUAUUCAACUUGGUGCUACGUAGUUAAGUUUCCACAAUUGACUUAUGUCUGUAAUUGCUGCCUUGUAAAAUGUGUGUGUGCUUUCAAUGAAAAAGCAGUUGCAACUACUCUCCGAGAUGUAAACUCACAAAUGAAUUAACACUCGAGUGACCACAUUUGCAAAACGUUAGAUGAGACACAUUUCUUAUUUAUUAGCUUUCGAGUCCACCAUUGUCUUGCUAAUUCCUGUUAUUCAAACAGUUCAUCUGACAUUUCGAGGAUAUGGUCACUCAUUGCUCUAUUAAAUGUUAAAGAAAAGUUACGCUUUUCAGAUGAACUUGGGAUUUUUUUUCACUCUAAAAAUGAUUGAAUCUGGAGAUAAUAUUGUAUCUUGGCUCUCAUGGUGCCGUGGCCGAGUGGUCUAAGGCGCUCGGCUACACCACGAAAGUCCUGGGUUCCAUUCCCGGCACGGCCCUUGACCAAUGCAAUAUUCUACACAUUGCUCUUUUUAUCUUGCAUCAAAUAAAUGAAAAUGCGUCAUGCAUUAUUAAAACCAACGUAUGCACGUGACCUGUUAAAAAAAAAUCUGUCACUGCUGAUAUUUUUUUCCCAAGACCAUUUAAAGAUGAUUUCAUAUCUUGGUCCAGAAUCAGUCAAAUAUAUUCAUAUCUACAUAAUCAUUUUAUCUCAAUUUCUCUUGUGCCUUAUUCAUUCUGAGUCUUCCAAUUUCUUGCCAGCAUCCCAUCAAUCAAAAUUAAUCAAAGCAAAUAGGUGAUGAACAAAACGAUUCUAGGACAUUGGAGUUUGUCACAACGUACGCAGGGUGCAUUUUUUAUACAAAAUAUUUUUCUAAAACUUUUUUAAUCGUAAUCGUACACAAUAUAUCACGUUUUCAUUUAUUUUUAAUGAAAUUUCUAAUACUGUUUCCUUUUCAUGGCCCCUUAGUAGCCUUCCUUUGCAAACCCGUGUAUAUCAUUAGCCAUUUGUACUGCUUUUUUUUUUACCCUACAUGGUUUUGAUAUCUGUAUGUAAGAAGUGGCAAGAUGAAAGGUCAUUUAAAUAAAUAAAACUGCAAACUUACCACAUGCUAUUUCAUUAUUACAUAUCCCUGUUUGCUUCCGUGUGUUCUGUUUUAUUAGAAUAAAAUCCCUGUUUUUAAUAUUGAA